UCGCCGCCGCGUAACCGGAUCCCGCACAGCCCAGUGCGCCCGACUUGCCGCCCAGGCUCCUCCGGGCGCGCCAUGGCCGGGUAGCGGGGAGCCGGUGGGGGCGGCCACAAUGCUGCGGGCGCCGGCCCUGGCGAUGCGCUUCGCCCUCCUGCUGCCGCUGCUGGUCGGCCCCGGCUGGCCGGCUCGCGGCAAGGCGCAGCCCGGGGAGCCUCCCAGCCCGCAGGGUGAGUAGGCGCGCGGGGGGCGGGCGCCGGAGAGUAAGGAAAAGGCUGCGGGGGUCUUGCAUGCAGAAGGCGGAUUGUGGCGCGGGGGGGGGGGGUGAGUCGGGGGAUCCUCCCCUCCUGCGGUGGGAUCCGGGGAUCUGCUCUCCAUUGCUGAGUGGGUGGGUGGGGCAGUUUGGGGUGGGGGGCUAUUGCUCCGUGCCAUUUAUGCGGGUGGGAGAGCUGUUGGCGCGCGGUGGCGCAUUUCCAGAAAAAGUGGGGUGGAUGGGUGGGAAACGGAGGCAUAUCUUUAGCUGGAUUUCAACCCCCCCCCCACCUCCAAUUUUUGUGUAUUGUGUGUGUAUGUGGCUGCUUCUCCCGCCUCCGCCUUUCCUGGUCGGGGGGUGGGUUUGGGUGGGUUUCCCCCUCGGCUCUGGUCUGCUGGUUCCCCAAAAGGAGAUGGGCGAGACCUUGCAGGACGGCGGCGAAAGAGAUGCGCCGUGGGGCAGCGGGAAUUGGGGAGGGGGGUGCGCGGUGGGUGGGUCCGCGCCGAUUCCUUCCACUCGAUCACGCACACAACCCCCCCUAAAUAUUGCGCCCCUCUCUCGGUAUUGGGCUCCGGGAUGGGACCCCCCAAGGCUCCAUCCCUCCUUUUCAUAGACAGGGAAGAGGUGGGGGGAAGGAGGGUUUUGGAGAUGGGGGCGCGCGGGGGGGGCAGGGUUUUGUCUAUUCUUACGACUGUUCCCAGCCCCCUUGAGCUCCCUCCACCUUCCAUCUGCCAGCCCCCUGCUCGCACCAUCUCUUUCUCCUCCCAUCCCUUUGGCUGGCCAUCUCCUUACAUGGCAAUCUGUUUAUUUCAGGGUCUUUUCUUCUACUGCUGCCCACCCUGAACCUUUUGUCUGCCUCUCUGCGGUCCCCAUCCUUGAGCCACCGUCUCUCCCCCCCCCCUUGUGUUUCUCCCCCUCUGCUUCUGUCUGUAUACCAUCUGACUAGAAUAUUGCCUCUCAUGGUCCACACCCAUUUCUCCCCCUGCACAUCCUUUUUGACCUCUGUCGGAUGUACCUGUUGUCUGCCUGCCUUGCAUUCUGCUUGUUGAUCUCGUGCAUUUCAUAAAGACACACACCUCUCUGCUCCUACACGCAUGCACAGUCGCUUGUGAGCUGCCCUGUGGUGUGUGUGUGUGACCUGCCUGCCUUGCGCGGCAUUGUGUCUGAAACAGCCAGAAAACUCCCCAUUUGUGGUGUUUGAUCUGUGGUGGCUCUUUCACGCAUGACGUGUGUGGACAGGGCCUAUCAGAGGUACAUAAUUCUUCCUUUAACACAUUCCGUCUACCUGUUCCUUAUGCAGUGCCCUUUUCUGUUUAUCGGUUUCGCUCUGCCCCCCCCCCCAGAUGUAUUUUCCCAAGUGCCACCAUGCGACUUAAUUCCCCAUCCCCACCCCCGGCUUGGCGCCAUACCUUCCCUUAGGGUAUCCUGGCUGGGAACAUGGCGUUUGCCUUGGAGACCUUGAUUCUGAGCUGUUGCUGCGACGGAGCGCUGUAUCAUUGGGGGGGGCACCUCCCUCCUGGACCCUGGAGAAGGGCUGGGUGGGGGUGAGGGGGAAGCAAGGGUGCACAGGGACCUCUCCCCAUCUGUGGCUUGAGGGGUAGCCAAGUGGAUCCCACACCCCACGCUCUUCUUGUUUAGUGUCUUGGGUCCAUAUGGCAGCUUGGAGACAGAGGGCCUGUUUGUUUGUUCUGGAUGAUGGAGCUGGAGAAUUGGGUGGUGCGAGCAUAUUAGCAAUUUAAUAUUCAUGUUGUGCUUUAAUUGUUGUGACCAGCUCUCGGACCUUAGGGUGAAGGAUGGGUAAUAAAUUGUAAUGCGUAAUAAUAAUGAUAGUUCUUCUUUCCCAGAUUUUGUGUGUGUGUUGGGUGGUGGUAGACAGAAAUGGCAACCCCUCCCUGUGCACUGUGCAGAGAGAUCGCCACUUCAGCUUUAUUCCGUUAUAGACCUAAUAGACUCUGACGUUUCCAGAAAACUGCUUGUCUUCCCUGGAACUGUCAUUGCAUAUUGGGAGGGGGGGGGAAGGACUCCACCCUUUCACCUACUGCUUGCCCCAUGCACCAAUUAAUAUGUCAGCAGCAUCUCUGGCAAGUUUGACCAAUGAGCUCUGCCUCUUCAAACCUGAACUCGAAUCACAUCAUGCCUCUUUGUGUGUGUGGAGCACAGGGAAGAAGGUAUCUGGGCGAGAUGCUGUGGCCCAGCCCUGUUUAAAAAGGAAAUGCUCACCUGUGCAUACACAUGCUAAUGUCCUUGAUUUGGUGACUUUGCCAGUCCUUUGCUUUCACCUCUUUUGUUUCGCCCCACUCCGCACACACAAAAAAAGACCAAUGGGCAGAGUUCUGUGCUCCCUUUGUAUUUGGCAAGUUCCUGCUAACAUUUUUAGAUUAGUUUUUAAUAUGUGUGAUGCUUUUCCAAAAGCAGUUGUGCUCAAAGCAAGUGGCAAUUCACAAAUGGCAAUGAUUCAGCAACAACAAUCCCUUUUUGUAUUUAUGAGUGUUUAUUAAAUUACAGCUUUUCACAUAAUUAUUGCCAGUCCCAGUUUUAAAGUUUUUCCCUUGCAUUUGACUAAUUCCCUUUAUAUCUAUCUAUAUCUACCAUCUAUCUAUAUCUACCAUCUAUCUAUCAUCAUAUUUUAAUCAUUCUGGCUUUUGCAUAAAUUUCUCAUUAAAAAUUUAGGCUGUUUUACUUUCUGACACAGCUUCUUACGUUUAGGCUAAACUGUGUUGCUGCUUUUUAAAAUGAAUAUGUCCAUUUGGCACAUGCCAGCCUAACUUCCAUGCCUUUGAGCCUACAGUUCUACCUGCCUGCUAAAAAAAUUGCUCCUGGCAGUGCCAGUCCUGGCAGCCAGUUUCUUUUCUCUGAUAUCUUCCAGACCUGGCUUGAGAGCAGUACAUGUGAAAAGGAUCUAGGAGUCUUGGUUGACCACAAACUUGACAUGAGCCAACAGUGUGACGGGGCAGCUAAAAAAGCCAAUGCAAUUCUGGGCUGCAUCAAUAGGAGUAUAGCAUCUAGAUCAAGGGAAGUAAUAGUGCCACUGUAUUCUGCUCUGGUCAGACCUCACCUGGAGUACUGUGUCCAGUUCUGGGCACCACAGUUCAAGAAGGACACUGACAAACUGGAACGUGUCCAGAGGAGGGCAACCAAAAUGGUCAAAGGCCUGGAAAUGAUGCCUUAUGAGGAACGGCUAAGGGAGCUGGGCAUGUUUAGCCUGGAGAAGAGGAGGUUAAAGGGUGAUAUGAUAGCCAUGUUCAAAUAUAUAAAAGUAUGUCACAUAGAGGAGGGAGAAAGGUUGUUUUCUGCUGCUCCAGAGAAGCGGACACGGAGCAGUGGAUCCAAACUAAAAGAAAGACGAUUCCACCUAAACAUUAGGAAGAACUUCCUGACAGUAAGAGCUGUUUGACAGUGGAAUUUGCUGCCAAGGAGUGUGGUGGAGUCUCCUUCUUUGGAGGUCUUUAAGCAGAGGCUUGACAACCAUAUGUCAGGAGUGCUCUGAUGGUGUUUCCUGCUUGGCAGGGGGUUGGACUCGAUGGCCCUUGUGGUCUAUUCCAACUCUAUGAUUCUAUGAAGUUUUUUAGACCCAGCACCUCUUUUAUCAUAAACAAACUGAUUCUGCUUCAUUUUUUUUUUAUUUACUGUGUGGUAUUCAACUAAGUCCAACUUAGAGUCGACCCAUUGAUAUUGAUGAACCUAAGUUAGUCAUGUCUGUUUGCUUCAGGGGUCAACUCCUGAAUUUUUGUUGGAAGUCGCCCAGAGCGACUGAGGUAACCCAGUCAGAUGGGCAGGGUAUAAGAAACAAAUUAUUAUUAUUAUUAUCAUCAUCAUCAGUUUUUCCCCACUAAGGAGCCCAGAGCCAGGGGAUCCUGACUGAUCUCCCUAUUCAGGCAGUGUCUGGACUCAGACACGCUUAACUUCGUCAGGCCGCUUCAAACCAAACUCUGGUUUCACCAUCACUUUUAAAAAUCAUCUUUCCUUUGGUUUCCAAUAAACGGAAAACCGAUUUUUCUCUCCUAUGCCAAAAUUUUGAACUCUGGAACAGAAAGAGCCUCAAAACACCCUGAAUUCUACCGGUAUUUCAAGAGACCUUUGUGCCUCUUGGUUUCCACUAGCAGACUCUGUAUUCUUAUUAUUGAAGAGUGUUUUAUACUACUUGCUAUUGUCAGACAGUUUGGUAAUGAAAGAGAUAUGGGUGAAGAUCAGUGUCACCCAAGAAGGCAGAGUUGUCCAGUCACUAUACUCUUGAGUACCUUUUCCUGGAAAGGGUAUACAGUGGUACCUCGGGUUAAGAACUUAAUUCAUUCUGGAGGUCCAUUCUUAACCUGAAACUGUUCUUAACCUGAGGUACCACUUUAGGUAAUGGGGCCUCCCGCCGCCACCGCCACCGCAUGAUUUCUGUUCUCAUCCUGAAGCAAAGUUCUUAACCCGAGGUAUUAUUUCUGGGUUAGCGGACUCUGUAACCUGAAGCGUAUGUAACCUGAGGUACCACUGUAUUGUUGACUGGUAUUAGAUUGGUGAGUUGGCUCAAUCCUCCAGGUGCAGCAUGGGUAUUUUUUCAGGAGUGCCCACACAACUGUCUCCAUAUGUGCAGUGGAGAAUGCUUCCUCCCAUUUAUAAGCCUUCGAGAGGAGUAACCAGAUUUUACUGGGCUACAACUCUCAUAAUUCUUCACCGUUGGCCAUGAUGGUACAAGCCAUUGUCCAAUAACAUCUGAAAGACACCCCAUUGAUUCCCCUUGCUCUCGAAACUAGCUGGUCAACCUGCCACUGCUUUUGUUGUUGUUUAGUCGUGUCCGACUCUUCGUGACCCCAUGGCACUCCUGUCUUCCACUGCCUCCUGCAGUUUGGUCAAACUCAUGCUGGUAGCUUCAAGAACAUUAUCCAACCAUCUCGUCCUCUGUCGUCCCCUUCUCCUUGUGCCCUCCAUCUUUCCCAACAUCAGGGUCUUUUCCAGGGAGUCUUCUCUUCUCAUGAGGUGGCCAAAGUAUUGGAGCCUCAGUUUCACAAUCUGUCCUUCCAGUGAGCACUCAGGGCUGAUUUCCUUCAGAACGGAUAGGGUUGAUCUUCUUGCAGUCCAUGGGACUCUCAAGAGUCUCCUCCAGCACCAUAAUUCAAAAGCAUCACUGCCACUGCUAGAUACCCUAAACCACGAUGGGCAAAGGCUGAAAACAGACAGGGUAGGCUGAAGUUUGUCAACAUCCCCAAGACUGAAAUUCACCCAGUGAUUCCUCAUCAGACAGUGUUCUGGGUGCAUCGAGAGACUACGAAAGCUGCAAAGUACAGUGGUACCUCAGGUUAAGUACUUAAUUUGUUCCGGAGGUCCGUUCUUAACCUGAAACUGUUCUUAACCUGAGGUACCACUUUAGCUAAUGGGGCCUCCUGCUGCUGCUGCGUGAUUUCUGUUCUCAUCCUGAAGCAAAGUUCUUAACCCAAGGUACUAUUUCUGGGUUAGCGGAAUCUGUAACCUGAAGCGUAUGUAACCUGAAGCGUCUGUGACCCGAGGUACCACUGUAGUUGUAGAGGCAAGCAAUGCUAUCCUCAAAAGCAAAUGGAAAACCACGAACCUAUGAAGAUUCCUUGACAUCAUCCUUCUAGCUCUGAUGUGAGUCGUUCCUUUCAAGGCUUGUGCUGCAAAUCCCAAAUUGCAGAGGUGAUGAGGACUUGUCAGGAGCUCGGUUUUGUUUUGCAGUUUUCAAAAUUUCUAUAGGACGCCUCAGUGAAGACAUAACCAUUUGGAGCGUUUCGGAUGGAAUGGAGCACAAGAAGAGGAAAUGGCUGCAGAGGUUGAAAAGAAGUGGGGACAUGGAUUAAGUUUAAGUAGAAUAGGUAGAGACCAAAUGAAAGUAUGUGAACAUCCUUCUUCCUCCCCACCCCCCCCAAAAAAUUAUCCACGUCUGGAGAAGCCUGCCAUGGAUGCUGAUCCAAUUUUGAGGGAAGCAGUCAUGGCUGGGGGAAGAAAACCUAGCAGAGGGUCCCUGAUCCUUCAGCCAGAUAAAGCCAACCAGGAACUGGAUAGGAAACUUUGGUCUGUGCUGUAUCCGGAUUCUUGACCGGCAAGCGAAUUUGGCAGGAUUUCCUGUGGCGGAUGAGGCAGCUGGGAUGGGGAAACAGGGUAUGUGAUGGUCAUAGGAUGCUUGCUGACCGAUUGCCUGGAGUGUGGCUGUGCUCAUUUCUGAAAAUCUCCAAUUUUUGUGUGGAAUAACCGCCCGGUCUUCUCCAUCUCCAAAGAGGAUAUCUCACAUCUGAAAAAGGCGGGAGAAUUGUGCCUGGAUCCUCUCAGGGGAUCCUCUCACAACCAAAAGCAGAUUAAAAGGACACAUUUUGAAGGCCCCACAGCUGUGUUGACUGUGUGACCUUGCCUGGUUUUGGCAGAACUGUUGAGUGGGGUUUCCCGGUGGGCUGAUUUGUGGGUCACAAAUUGUGCAGGCCUGCUCCAGACCUCUCUUUUGCUUCUGCUGUGGUGAAUGGGGAGCGGCUUUGUGGACAAAGCUUUUGUGUGGUCCGGCCAAGAAGACCCCCGUUCCUGCCAAGCACAGAUCAGCCCUGAUGGACAGUUCCAAGUUUUGAACCUGCAGGACAGCAGCUGCUGCUGCAAUGCUAGUGUGUGUUAAUGCAUCGCUUGGCUGUUUCUCCUCUCCCAGCCUGUCUUGGCUCUCUUGCACCCCACUCUCUUCCUUGAAUGUGUGUGGGAAGGUCAGGGUACCCCAGCCCUUCGCUGGAUUUGGCUUCCCUACAGCCUGUCCUGGAAAAGGACAUCAUGCCAGCGUUGGCCAACAAUAUUUUGCUUAUAGUUGUGGAAAAAUGGGACAUCUGGAAAGCAUCUGGAUCCAACAGCAUUCCUCAGCUGCAAAAAUCCAACUGCUGCAUAGUUGGGGGUGGGGGUGCUCCUGGAUUCAAUAAUACUCUUUUUUACCUCAGGGGCUAUUGCAGCCUGCGAUGUAUUACGUAUUUGUCCUAGACGCAAAUGAUUUGUGGAAACUGCAAGCUCAUUUGAUGGCGAUUACUUCCUCCCUAGGAACUUUGACGAUAGCUGUCUUGAGAGAGCGCUGAGUGCUGUCUCGGCCUCUCACACCAAACUCUCUAUUAUUACUAAGAAUCCCAGGCUGGGGGCUGGGAAUGCGCUGCGACAUUUUGUUGUUGGUCCCUGCUUGUUAGCGUCAUUCCCGCUACAGUGGUACCUCGGGUUAAGAACUUAAUUCGUUCCGGAGGUCCGUUCUUAACCUGAAACUGUUCUUAACCUGAAGCACCACUUUAGCUAAUGGGGCCUGCUGCUGCUGCCGCGCCGCCAGAGCACGAUUUCUGUUCUCAUCCUGAAGCAAAGUUCUUAACCCGAGGUAAUAUUUCUGGGGUAGCCGAGUCUGUAACCUGAAGCGUAUGUAACCCGAGGUACCACUCUAUUAGCAAAAGCCAAGGGGUUGGAAGCCACCCAAAAGUAUGGGAAGGGGUUUAUAUCCUCUGCGGUCUCUCUCGGUACACAGAAGUAUUCAGUGUUGUAAAUUAAAAGAAAAUGAACUAUUUUAAUUAAAAAAUGCAGUAACAACAAAAUCCUGACAAGGCCACAGAAUGCUGGUUGCGGGUGGAGGUUGAGAUCUAAAUAAAUCAGGUCAGGCAGAGGCAGAUUGUGUGAGUUCAUCAGAUAAAGUAGGCAGGGGUGGAAAAAUAGAAUAUUGCCCACCCUACCCCCCAAAAAAAUGCUAGAGAAAAGAAGGAAUUGACCUGCUCAAGUCCCUGACAGCUUGUCGUAAGUAUGGAGCAGGGUGGGGUGGGAGAAUAAGGUUAGCGAGUUACCUUCUGUGAGGUUUAAAAAAACCCUUCCCAGCUAUGCUAUACAGGGAUGUUUCAGGACAAAGGAAAGACAAAGUACAGUGGUACCUCGGGUUAAGUACUUAAUUCGUUCCGGAGGUCCGUUCUUAACCUGAAACUGUUCUUAACCUGAAGCACCACUUUAGCUAAUGGGGCCUCCCGCUGCCACCAUGCCGCCGGAGCACGAUUUCUGUUCUCAUCCUGAAGCAAAGUUCUUAACCUGAAGCACUAUUUCUGGGUUAGCGGAGUCUGUAACCUGAAGCGUCUGUAACCCGAGGUACCACUGUACAGUUUUCUCUCCAUUUUAAUGCUCCAGGAGUCCUGCUUGCUGUAGCAGUGUAAGAAGUUCAGGUGUUUUGGCUGGUACCUGCCACUACAUGGCUCAGGAGGGGAAGAUUGGGGUAGUUGUGUGUGUGUUUGGGGGCAAGGUGCCCUUUUAUCCCCUCCCCGAAGUCUCCACUUCCUUGAUCGGAGCUCUCAGGUGGUUGGGGGCACGCUGCACCAUUUUGUUGCAGCAGGUCCCAUUUCUUCCCUCUUACUCGCUGGCCUGUUCUGUCGGAACAUUUCUCCAACUGCUACAUAACAACAAAGUCGUGUACAGCACAGCAAAGGGACAUUUAGGAACAAACUGGGGAACGCGACAAAACGUUGCCGCAUAUCCCCAGUCUCAGUGAACUUGUACAGCCAGACUGGAAAAGGAGCUUUGUUCUGCUUUGAGGGAAUGUCCGCCAUUUCAAAAGCCCUCAAGGAAGCCCUGGAACAGCAAAACAAGGUUUCGUUUCCAGGUUGGCUAGGCCCCAGAGGAGAAGAUUCAUUGUUGGGGGCUAAAGAUGCACAGCAAGAUUUUUGUUGCAUGUCCCCACUUGUCGUUCUUAAUCGUUCUGAUCUAUAGAGCACUUUGAGUUUGCAAAGUUGCUUGAAGUCUCUCCCCACCCCCCGUUUAUUUUCACCCCAUCCUCCUUGAAGUGGGUCAGUUUUAUUCACACACACACACAUUUUUAUUAAUUUUUUAACAUAUCAGUUCGAACAGUCAUACAACAUAACUUCUCAUCUUAUACAAUAUUUUUAGACUUCUGUCAACACUUCUGAUGAUUUUAUGUUCUUUAAGUAUCCUUAACUAAUAAUUCUCCUCAUUAUCUUUCUUGCAAUAUUUCAAAUAAUUCGCCUUACAAAACUUCUUGCAAACCUACUAGCGUAAUCUGUUCAUCACAAUUGCUUUUCAAAUAGUUCGUAAAUUUACUCCAGUCUUCUGAGAAUCUCUGGUCCCGCAGGUUUCGAAUCCUUCCUGUUAAUUUAUCUAAUUCUGUAUAGUCCAUCAGUUUCAUCCUUCAUUCUUCUUUUAUCGGUAGUUCUUCUUGCUUGAAGUGGGUCUGUUUCCAUGCUUCUUUGGGAGCUGCUAAGCUAGUGUAUGAUCAUAGUAUAUGAAAAUGCCCAAACUGUCAUCAUAAACAGAGAACAGUGAUGUAAGUGCCUGAGGUAAUGGGAGUAUAGAGCCAGCAGCCUUUUCAUUCCUGUUGGUCCUCCGCUAUCUGGAGUGACUCCCAUCUAAACUUUUUUUUUCUUCCCAGCCUUUGAAACCGUGGUUGGUAGCUAAAUGCUCUCAUCAAGAAUCCCUCUUUUUUUAAUCCCACACAUGUAUGCAGAUAGCGGUGAAUUGUCUCUUGUGUACAUAGUGGGGAUGGACAGUGGCACUCUGCACAUCCUUAGAGGCAACACAUAUGGCGUACCAGCUCUGGCGUUCAAAAUAGGCCCGAGAGCUCCACCUUGGCUCAGAUUAUGUCCUCAUUGUAUGGCCUUGGGAACAUUUUCUCUUUCCGGUCUUGUUUGGUCACAGGAAUAAACAAAAGCUCCACUUUCUUGGCAAAGCAUUGGCUUCCAUAACAAAAGGAUUGUUGGAUUCAGACCGGAGUAGAACUCUUGACAUGCAAGUUGCAUACAUACUAUACCAGGGGUCAGCAAACCUUUUUAGCAGGGGGCCGGUCCACUGUCCUUCAGACCUUGUGGGGGGCCGGACUAUAUUUUGAAAGAAAUAAAAAUGGACGAAUUCCUAUGCCCCACAAAUAACCCAGAGAUGUGUUUUAAAUAAAAGCACACAUUCUACUCAUGUAAAAACACCAAGCAGGCCCCACAAAUAACCCAGAGAUGCAUUUUAAAUAAAAGGACACAUUCAACUCAUGUAAAAACACGCUGAUUCCUGGACCGUCUGUGGGCUGGAUUUAGAAGGCGAUUGGGCCAGAUCUGGCCCCUGGGCCUUAGUUUGCCUACCCAUGUGCUAUACCUUUAAAACACACUCAAAAUACAUUCUCCCCCCCCCCAAAAAAAAAGAAUUCUGUGAGCUGUAGUUUAUUGAUGAUUGCUAGGAAUUGUAAGUCUCUGAGGGGUAAACCAGACUCCAGGCGUGUUUUGCAACUGGCGCAGUUCCAAUUUGCAACCGCGCCGAGAUCUCUGGAUCUGGCGACUGGGGAAAACAAAAUGUCACUUAGAGAAAAAUCUGAAAUACUUUUCUCAAAGCUUGAAUUUGUUUUAUUUUGGAUUGUUUAAUGUUUUAAUGUGUUGUCAACUGCUUUGAGCUUUCUUCUUUAAAAUAUAAAAUGGUAUAGAAAUGAGAUGAUGAUGAUAAUAAUAAUAAUCCACUGCAAAAAGGCGUCUAGACAUUCCAUUGUGGUGACCAUCAUAUCUAGGUUUAAGGUGCCAUUUGGCAAUUAGAUUAUAUAUCCGAGCUGCAAACACAGGCAUAAACUACAAUGCCCAGAAUUCUUUGAGGGAAAGAAUGUGCAUUGAAUGUGCUUUAAAGGUAUAGUAUUGCAUGCAGCCUAAAACUAUAGCAAUGUCUUCCAGAGGUGACUUUUUCUUCAUCAUUAUCAGUCUAUUGAAGCAUCAUAAGGUGUAAUAACACACUGAACUAGCAACUGACAUGGGCUUAGGGUCUGAGGAAAGCUAUUUGUCUCUGUGGGCCUGGAACACAGUGCAGACCGUGUGGGGACGGAGGGUUAGGAGAAGCAGGUGCAGGAUUGGGCAAAUCGGAGAGAAAAUCGAUGUCCUGCCUGGAGGGAAAGCACAGGAGAGGUUGGCAGCUUGGCAAUAAUGGACAGGCAAUGUGUCAGGAGGUGACCUGAAUCUGGGCGGCUGCGUGACGCAGCGCUGCCCGUUUGAGACAGGAGACAAUUUAUAGACUUUAAAGAGAGUUGAAAGUGGGGUCACUGCUCUUGCUGGGCUUGGCUCCGCCUUCUUUGGCUUUGAAUAAACAAUAUUUUUCGGAGUUUAAAAGUACACAGAAACCUUCAAGACUUGAUUGGUCAGAGGCGACAAGGAAAGAGAAGAAUUGCUUCUACUUUCCGGGAAGCAAAACCUCCCUCAAACCACUUUGGACUCUUUUUGAAACUGGGAAGGACCAUGGUUCAGAUGAAGAGUACAUGGUUUGCAUGCAGAAAGGUCUAGGUUCAGUCCCUGAGCAUCUCCAGGUCAAAAUGGGAUUGUCCCAUGUCCGAAAUCCUGGCGGGCCGCUGCAGUGCUGACAGCAAAACUGUGGUAGAUGGACUAAUGACAGCAAUAAGGCAUAUAUAAAACCAGAUUCCUGUGUUCCUAGGGCUUGUCCGCACUGGAGUUUAAUGCGGAUUUGAAGCUGGCUGGUCUUCCUUUGUGGCAUCCACACAUCCUCAUCCAAAUGGUAGCCGCUUCCCGCCUUCCCACUAAAUUUAGAUUGUCCCAAUCCACUCAUAAUCCAAUAAAGGAAGAAAAUCCAAUAUAAAAUCACACGUUACCUGACUGCACACUGAAGCGCAUCGUGUUGUUUUUGUUUUUAACGUGUGGUGACAUUUCACUGGGUGCUCUACAAUUGCAACCCCUCCUGACUUCCAUUUUGUUUCCAUCAGUCCCUUUUAGCCUGCCUUUUCCCACCCGUUGUUUCUGAAGGACCAGUCGUGUUAUUUUUAAAACCACUACUAUUGUUUUAUUUAUUUCAUAAAAUUUAUACACCUCUUAAUGGUUAAAAAACCCCCAAAAAAUUUCAAAAUGAUUUGCAAAAAGAUACAGCCAUAAAAUUGGGCGUGGGGAAUUACAAAACACAAGACGUUAAAAUACUAAACAGACUGAAAUUCACACCAUCUUUUCUAAGCAUCUGAGUAGCCUUGACUAAACAAGGCACCGAAAAUAAUACAAUGAAGACACCUGCUUGAUAUCAAUAGGGUGGGAGCUGCAAAUUGUAGGUGCUGCCACACUUAAACGACUGGGUUCCUACAAAUGUGGGAUGCGUAUUAUGUGACACCCUUUAGUAGUAUCAAUUCUGCCGAUCAAAGGAGUCGAGUUGGGCACAUGUGGGGUAAGGUGAUCUCAGAAAUACACUGGUCAAACGCUGCCAAGGGCUUUAAAUGUCAACCGUAACACCUUGAACCUGGCCCAGUAGCAAAUCGGCAACCAGUACAGCUCUCUGAGCACAGGUAUUAUACGCUGACAAGGCCUCACUCCUGUCAGCAGUCGUGUUACACACUAACCGCAGCUUCUGGGUCAAGUGUGAGGGAAGCCCCACAUAGAGCAAAUUGCAAUAAUUCAGUCUUGAAUUAACCAAUGUAUGAACUACUUUGGCAAGGCUUUCCUCAUCUAGGAAUGGCCAUAGUUGUUGAACCAAUUGUGGUUGUUGCUCUAGUGUGUGUGUGUGUGGUUUUUUUAAAAAGAAACUUGUAUAGAACAAUAGUAUUGAAAUUAAAAAUAAAAUUUGCUCUUGCAGGGAAAAGGAGCAGAAGUGGCAUUCUUUCUUGCAAGCGACUCCAAAUCCUUGACUGGCUUGGAGCUUACACCUUUUUAAAAACAACAAAACAACUGCUCUGGUAUAUUGAAAAACUUGUAUUAAAAAAAAUACAAUAAAAAUUUAAAAAAGCAUGUGCACACAGGUAAACAAAUGUCCAUAACAGACCUCAGGUUUCUGGAAUUCAAGGAGGGUAAUGAAGGAGUAACUGAAGGGAGGCAGCGGCGACGUACCACACAGAUAUCCCAUGAAGCACCAUCUCAAUGUGGUUGGGAAAUGUCAAGAUAGAUAUUGGAGGCAUUAAACUGAAAGUGCUCAUGUGUGGAUGAAGGUGCACAACACACACACAGAAGAUGCAGCAACCCGUUAGCAACAUAAUGUGGAUAUAACCUAGUCUCUCAUCUUCAGUAUGCUGCAUUUUGCGUGCACGGACCAGGGCUUGUCCCCUGUGGUUAAUUUCUAGUGAGAGAGAUCCAGGAACUCAAACCUGCCUGGAAGCCAUACCUGAAAGCUCUGCCAUAAACAAACAAACCCUCAUAUGAGAGUAAAGAAGAAGAAGAAGCCUGGAUAGGCCUUUUUAGUGGUCAGAGAAACAAUUCUGUGCAUGCUCAGAGACAUUAUUAUUUUGUAUGAUACAUGCCCAGCCCUGUCAUUAAUUUUGCGCAUGUCCAGAGGAAAAAACCAUUUCUCUCUGCCUUAGUUGUGGCAGUGGUUUGUGAGUUACGCAUAUCCCAGUGCCCAACCACCCCAGCAUUGAAAAUAGAUUCUAUCUAGGACUAUAGGAAGGGUUUUUGUUUAAUUUAAGAGGACAGCGGGGAGAGGUUUUGACUCCCAAAUGUUCUUUUUUAUUCAUGUAUCUAUAUGCAUUCACUUAAUUAGAAAGCCUUGAGGUGUCAGUAUUGUGCAUUGUAAAGAGAGAACCUUUUCGCUCGUCUGUGUGCAAUAAAAGCACGGCGAGGGAGCAUGGUGGAAUUGUCUCCUUUUGCCACCAUCAGCGCCACCCUGGUUUGGAGCACAAGAAGAUGGUUAAAAGUGUGUGAAAGGGCAAACUGAGCAUUUGUUGUGGGGGGCACUGUUCUGGUCGGCACCAGCGCCAUGGUAACCCAUGGGCCUGCUGAAGGAUGCAGGCCUAGGCCUUGCUCUGUGCAGUGGUCCCCAUGGCAACAAACUCCAGCGAUGGGAAGGAGGUUAUUCACAUCACUUUGCUUUCGAGGCCUGAGUGGAGCUUGGAGGGAGGGGGUACUUUGUAGGACAAAUGAGGCCGUUGCCAUGGUGACAGGACCGCAAUCCAAAAAGGGGGAGGUUGGUUUGACUGCUGAGGGCACAGGCCUUUGGACGGCAGAAAAUAAUCAGGGUUUUUUUACUUGGGGGGGUGGAGUGGGGACCCCAUGUCUGUACUAUGGGUAGAAAAAACCAACAGCAUUUUCUCAGAGAUGCAUGGCAGACAAUUUGCUACAGGCUGCUGUAUGAACCAUGGCUGGUCAGUUUUAAACAGAGUUCAUGUUUGGAGUUUUCCAGGGGCUCCAUUUCCAGAAGCAUGGGCUAUGCAGAGGGCCUUCUUGGUAGCAGCACCCGUCUGAUGUCAAGGAAAUAAACAACUACAGUGGUACCUCGGGUUACAAACACUUCGGGUUAGAGACUCCGCUAACCUAGAAAUAGUACCUUGGGUUAAGAACUUUGCUUCAGGAUGAGAACAGAAAUCGUGCUCCGGCGGCGCGACGGCAGCAGGAGGUCCCAUUAGCUAAAGGGGUACCCCAAGUUAAGAACGGUUUCAGGUUAAGAACGGACCUCCAGAACAAAUUAAGUUCUUAAUCCGAGGUACCACUGUAUCUGACAUCUGAAGGCAGCCUCGCAGAGGGAAGUUUUUAAUGUUUGAUGUCUUACUGUGAUUUAAUUUGUUGGAAGCCGCCCAGAGUGGCUGGGGCAACCCAGUCAAAUGGGCAGCAUAUAAGUUAUUAUUAUUACUAUUACAUUUAUUAUUAUUCCUAUCUAUUGCACCCUCCCUUCACACUGGCCGAGAGGGAGUUAAAGAGCCAUGUUCACUCCCAGUGCGGACAGCAGCAGAAUGGGCUUUGGCUUUUACAGCCUUUUCUUUAGGCACCUCAACCUAGUCCUUCCAUUCCUUUGUGUCUUCGACAUAGCAGUGAGCAGCUGAGGUGCCUAAAAGGGGAACAUUUUACAGAACUUCGGUUGCUGCUCACACUGGGGGAUUUGGGCCUCAGGAGCCCUUUGUCUCCUUUUGAAAGUUGGGUUUCUCACUGAUCACAAAAGGAAACCAAACAACAUUCCUCCUCCCAGCCAGCCUGUUUUCAGGUCAGAUGCCAGAACAGCAAGGGGAAAGGAGAGCUGUUGUAUGUUUUGUUUGUAGGUGAAGGGGCUGUGGGGUUGUGUGUUUUUUUACCAUUUGUCUUAGGUGAUUAGUCUGAUUUUACAUUGCCAAAAACUACUGAGAGCGCAGCUGCUUGAGUCUGUCCCCUGAUCUGCUCUGUGUUCUGUCCUCCGGACCAGAGGUCUGUACAUCUGUGCCCUGUCCAUGGUUUUUCCCCAAGGGCGCUAUCUUGUAGCUCAAAAUGUUUUAACUCAAAUUAAGUCAAAGAUAGCUUUGUUUUGGUGGGGUCUUUUUACACAAUGGCCUUUGAUUUUUCCAAGUCACACGGUAACAGGAAGUGCAAAGGAGUCGCGCUCCGUGUUUCAAAUGUUAUUCUAGCUGUGCAAAUUGAGGGGUCUGACCCCAGCUCCACCUUGAUUUUGCAUGGAAUCGUACCCCCAGCCCUUCUUCCAGGCAGCCCGUUGAUGGAGAGAGGAAACAGCAGUGGCCUCCCUCCAGCUGGAGCUUCCUGGUCACCAGGGAGCUUACAUCCAAAGCCAAGUGGAGUUGAAUCAGCCCCUCUGUCCGGAGGUCUUCUUCUGUUUGCACGCAGGGUGAGGAGAAUAUGUCAGGCAGGCAGCCAGCAGAGGAGAUCUUUGCCAUGUGUGACCAAUCCUCAAGUUUGCACAUUGUUGGAAUGGGCUGGGGUGAUGGGAGCCCGCUCCGCUUGAGCUGCAGGGAAUUGCACAGCGGGAAAUACUGUGAGACAAACCUUUUGCUAGGGUUUAGUAUUCUUGAACGGCUCAGUGAGAUAUCACCCAUUUUUGCUUCCCUUUCUUGCUAGCACUGCUCCACUUUCACCGUUCUUCUGUGUCUAAAGUACGUUUCCCAUCACUGUGGAGUGAUCUUUCAUUUAUUUGGGAUAAACAGAUGGCUAUAAGAAUGCAUGUUAAUGUCUGCCUGUUAUUCCCCCCCCCUUUUUUUGGUCUUUUGAGUUGCAUCAUUCUGCUAUGGGAACAUAACUUGCAUAAGGAAUUCUUCAUAUUUCAACUAGAUUUCGAACUAGAAUUCCUGCAUUGCAGGGGGCUGAACUAGAUUGCCCUCAGAGUCCCUUCCAACUCUUACAAUUCUAUGAUUUACUAGCCUGCUUUGAAUUGUGGUCACACAGAGGACUUGGAGGAGAACUGAGAUCUUAUUUGUUCCUGAGCAGUGUGAGAGAGUCAGAGGUGGCAACUUGAAUAAAAUAACAUAUUGGGGUGCGCAGGUAAGCCCCACCACACAUAAUCUUAUCACAAGAUGUGGUGCACACACCCCAUUUGAAUGGCAAUGCCCAUCAACUUCAGUGGGACAGCCUCAUAACAUAUUCUAUUGGGGGGGACGACGACGCAGAUGAAGGGAUCUUGGCCUUUAGGAGUUGGUUCUAUAGGAUACCCUGCUGGUUUUUCCCUUCUUCAAACCCAGGAAAAAAUAAAGACCACAGCCCUCUCCUAAGCCUUCCUCAAUUUGCAGAUAACUCAGGGGAGAAGAUUCUGUGCUGGGCGAAUGGAGGAGGGAAGUUACCAGAGGAGGAGGAGAGACAGUUGCCAUUGGCAACUAGAUGUGUGGAAUCCUGAUGCCCACAACAUUGCUUUUCACUUGUGUGACUCACAUAUACACAAACCAUUACCUGAGUGGUUGUGAUGUUCCUGUGCAUUCUCAGGCUAGCAAAGAGCGCAUGCCAGACACAGAAUGUUGAAACUGGGGCAGCUGCAGUGAGGGAAGCAAGGAGUUGGAUUGCCGGAGAGGAAAUCCUCACACGCAAAGGAACAGCGGGAGGGGUUCUGUGUUGUGAGCAGAAAUGAGCGAAAGAUGAUACGCUGGGUAGCCAAAUAGGAAGAGGGCCGAGGAGACAAUCCAUCUUAAGGACAAUGGACGAAAUAGGGUGGCUACAGGAAGGUCAUGGAGGCCUUAGAGGUGGAAAGGAAACUGAAUGCCCCUUGUUGUUUUAACUAACCACACCUUUUGUUCAAAUGAACUGACAACACGAAUGCCAACUAAGGAGGGGAAAGGCCACUGGGAAACCAUGCAAGUUACUUUUGAGUUGGGGAAAACAUUGGGGGCAAGCUUGCUGUCCUCACACACCCUUUCUGUAUUCUCUCUUUUUCCUCCAGAGGUGGUCAUCAAGGUCCAGGUGUACGAGAACGGCGACCUGUCCCCACUGCCUCAGGCAGCCGUGGAAGUGUAUGGCAACCAGACAUCUCUGGCUUCAGGCGCCACCGACCAUGAGGGUGUCAGCAUGCUUCCCAUCAGCUACCGCCUGGGCACCUGGGUCAUCGUCACAGCCUCCAAGCGUGGUUUUGUUACAAACUCUGUUCCUUGGCGCGUCAACAAGCUGCCACGUGAGUUGCGGUGCCCAAUGGUUAGGAGAGAGUCUGGGUGGCUAGAAGACCACUGAUUUUUUUGGGGGGGGGCCCUGUCAGUGCAUGAUGGGCACUUCAUGGGUGGGGGGGUCACAAAGGAUGCAAACUUUUAUCAGCUUUCACCAAUGUAACUUCUGUAGGAAUAAAGGAAUAUGUGUUGCUUUGGUAGGUAGAAGGAGGUCACUCCUUCUCAGUGGAAUGGUGGUGCUUCUCAAUAUUUUACAGAAGAGUCAUUUCACUUGGAUGAUGGCACGAACCCAGCAUCUCAGUGUCACAUGGCUAGAUUGCACUCAGUAUGUACGACUCUCAUAUCAUAGUGUAUGUUCAGUACACAAGAACAUUUACAAGAGCACUGCUGGAUCUAACCAAAGGUUAAUCUCAGUGCUGGAAAUUCGCCAGGUGUGUUGUGUGACUGGGGCGGGUCCAGUUCUGACCACGUGGAGAUCUCUGGAUGCUAGGUUGGUGACUGACAUCUCCAUCAGGCUGGCCCUUCCAGCUUUCUUAUGCAGGCCAGCAGAAGAGCUUAUUUAUUGCAUGUGUAAAGGUAAAGGCACCCCUGACCAUUAGGUCCAGUUGUGGCUGACUCUGGGGUCGCGGCGCUCAUCUGGCUUUAUUGGCUGAGGGAGCCGGCGUACAGUUUCCGGGUCAUGUGGCCAGCAUGACAAAGCCGCUUCUGGCCAACCAGAGCAGUGCACAGAAAUGCCUUUUACCUUCCCACUGGAGAGGUACCUAUUUAUCUACUUGCACUUUGACGUGCUUUUGAACUGCUAGGUUAGCAGGAGCAGGGACCAAGCAACGGGAGCUCACCCCGUCGCAGGGAUUCGAACCGCCGACCUUCUAAUCGGCAAGUCCUAGGCUCUGUGGUUUAACCCACAGCGCCACCCGCGUCCCUAGAUUGCAUGUAUAGAUCACUUUUUUCUCCAUGUACUUGGUUCACCCCCCCAUCAGUUAAUUCCUACAACGACCCUAUGUGGUAGGUUAAGAGGCUGUGAUUAACUCCAAGGUCACCCAUUAAGCUUCAUGACUGAGUGGGGAUUUGAACCCUGAUCUCCCAGACCAACAGUUUAAUCACUACACAACAUUUCCUUCCUAGUGUACUUCUGCUAUGGGGCAGCUUAUUUCGGGGGGGGAGAGAUAUAAUUUAUAGUGAAAUAAUUCAGCCAUUUGGGGUGUGCAGAAUAAGAUGGGGAGCUCUCACCCCCUUGCAAAUGAAGCAAAGCACACGCAUUAUGUGUGAACCCUUAGUGUGCACUGGCAAAGACUAACUGGCGCUGGUAAUAAGGUCACCUCAUUGACCCACCCUGGGGGUUGGAAGCGAAAGUCACAGCUGGCGUAUAACACUAUCAAUAAAUUCUGCCUGUAGGCAGGAAAUAGGAGGCAACCAACACACACAUGCAUAAAAAUAUAGAUGUCUUGUGUUUACAUACCUUUUUGGACACAGGAGAAGGGCAGAACAGGAAUUUGAAUUAAAGUGCAUGUACACUGUUUCGGAAGCAGGUUGCAUUAGCUUCCAGUUCACAUAUCUCAGUCGCUCCAAGCGUCCUUAUUUUCCAGGGACAGUCCCGGAUUUACAGAAGUCGUCCUGGUUUCUGAUUUGAUCCCGGAAUGUCCUGCUUUUCCUUAGGACACCCCUAUUUUCCUCAGAGAAAUGUUGGAGGGUAUGAAGUUAUGUGAUCCCCGAGCCAAGGAGAUAAGUAACACUACAACCUUUAGUGUUUAGAUGUCUGAAGGCAUCCCUGUAUAGGGAAUUAUUUUUAAAAAAUGUUUAAUGUUUUAUUAUGUUUUUAUAUGGGAUGUGGGUGGUGCUGUGGUCUAAACCACUGAGCCUCUUGGGCUUGCCGAUCAGAAGGUUGGCAGUUUGAUUCGCUGCGACUGGGCGAGCUCCUGUUGUUCGGUCCCUGCUCCUGCCAACCUAGCAGUUCGAAAGCACGUCAAAGUGCAAGUAGAUAAAUAGGUACCGCUCCGGUGGGAAGCUAAACAGUGUUUCUUUGCGCUCCUCUGGUUCACCAGAAGCAGCUUAGUAAUGCUGGCCACAUGACCCAGAAAAACUGUCUGCGGAUAAACAUCCCCUCCCUCGGCCAGUAAAGCGAGAUGAGCGUUGCAACCCUAGUCGUUCGCGACUGGACUUAACUGUCAGGGGUCCUUCACCCUUAUGUUUUUAUAUAUGUUGGAAGCCGCCCAGAGUGGCAGAGUAAACCCAGGUUUAGAAAGAGCCUAAUAGUACCUAUCAUAAGUCAAGAUGUUAUAUCUUAAUCACUGGUGUUAGACUGUCACAUACAUGCUCACAGUUGUUGUCCUUUCUUUAGGCAGGUCGUGUCUUUAGACAGAGCAAGCUGGAGGGUUGCAGCAGCUGGUCCUCUGGCCACUCCCAUCCUCCUGAGCCAGUGCGGUGUAGUGGUUAAGAGCGGUAGACUCAUAAUCUGGUGAACCGGGUUCGCUUCCCCACUCCUCCACAUGCAGCUGCUGGGUGACCUUGGGCUAGUCACACUUCUUUGAAGUCUCUCAGUCCCACUCCCCUCACAGAGUGUUUGUUGUGGGGGAGGAAGGGAAAGGAGAAUGUUAGCCGCUUUGAGACUCCGUAGGGUAGUGAUAAAGUGGAAUAUCAAAUCCAAACUCUUCUCUUCGCCUGAGAUUCCACUCGGGUGGCAGUGAUUCAUCCUUGUGGCCGGUCUGAGCUGCCUCACCGAGUUGCUUUCUCCUGAUGCGUCACUUAUAGUGUGGUUAGGAAUGGCUGUGACUGAGCAGGCAGGCAGAGGGGGAGCCAGCCAAGGCCAUGCGCCCCAGCAGACAUUGCACUCGCACACAUGCUGUGGUGAUGCUGCACUGCAGCGUUUGUUUGCACAGGUAACAAGCAAUGCCAGGUGGAGCGGUGAGUAAGGUCAGAGCUUUGGGUCCCACGUGGGACGUGCCCUGCGUCUCCUAAGCUAGCCUGCUGCCCUUAGGUGUUGUGGUGGAGGAUCCUGUCCUGUCCCCCGCAUUGGAGUAAGACUCUAGCGUCAGUGCAGCCGGCUUCUGCAUUUGGAGUAGCAGCAAUCCUUUAAUACAGGCAGCAAAAUGCCUUUGGCUGGCCCUGCUAUGAGCAUGAUAUGCAAUCUCCCUGCAGCCAGUGUGUCAUUGUUGCACAAAGGUUUUGUGGCGCAUAUUUCAAGUUUAGUCCGUCCCCCCCCAUUUUUUUAAUUGGUUUUUCCAAAAAACAAACAAACAAACAAACAUAAAUCUCCACUAUAUUCAAAUCAAACUUAAUAACAUUGUAAAUGACUUCCUCGUAUCUCCCUAGUUGAAUUUCAGUGUAUAUCAUUUUAAUGGUUUUCCAACACCAAUAUUCUUUAUAAAAUUAACAUAUUCACUUAACAUCUUUCUUUCUUUUCAAUUCAGCAUUACAACAUGUUUAUUCAUAGAAUCAUAGAAUCAUAGAGUUGGAAGAGACCACAAGGGCCAUCGAGUCCAACCCCCUGCCAAGCAGGAAACACCAUCAGAGCACUCCUGACAUAUGGUUGUCGAGCCUCUGCUUAAAGACCUCCAAAGAAGGAGACUCCACCACACUCCUUGGCAGCAAAUUCCACUGUCAAACAGCUCUUACUGUCAGGAAGUUCUUCCUAAUGUUUAGGUGGAAUCUUCUUUCUUGUAGUUUGGAUCCAUUGCUCCGUGUCCGCUUCUCUGGAGCAACAGAAAACAACCUUUCUCCCUCCUCUAUGUGACAUCCUUUUAUAUAUUUGAACAUGGCUAUCAUAUCACCCCUUAACCUCCUCUUCUCCAGGCUAAACAUGCCCAGCUCCCUUAGCCGUUCCUCAUAAGGCAUCGUUUCCAGGCCUUUGACCAUUUUGGUUGCCCUCCUCUGGACACGUUCCAGUUUGUCAGUGUCCUUCUUGAACUGUGGUGCCCAGAACUGGACACAGUACUCCAGGUGAGGUCUGACCAGAGCAGAAUACAGUGGCACUAUUACUUCCCUUGAUCUAGAUGCUAUACUCCUAUUGAUGCAGCCCAGAAUUGCAUUGGCUUUUUUAGCUGCCGCGUCACACUGUUGGCUCAUGUCAAGUUUGUGGUCAACCAAGACUCCUAGAUCCUUUUCACAUGUACUGCUCUCAAGCCAGGUGUCACCCAUCUUGUAUUUGUGCCUCUCAUUUUUUUGCCCAAGUGCAAUACUUUACAUUUCUCCCUGUUAAAAUUCAUCUUGUUUGUUUUGGCCCAGUUCUCUAAUCUGUCAAGGUCGUUUUGAAGUGUGAUCCUGUCCUCUGGGGUGUUAGCCACCCCUCCCAGUUUGGUGUCAUCUGCAAAUUUGAUCAGGAUGCCCUUGAGUCCAUCAUCCAAGUCGUUGAUAAAGAUGUUGAAUAAGACCGGGCCCAAGACAGAACCCUGUGGCACCCCACUAGUCGCUCUUCUCCAGGAUGAAGAGGAACCAUUGAUGAGCACCCUUUGGGUUCGGUCAGUCAGCCAGUUACAAAUCCACUGAGUGGUAGCAUAGUCAUCAUAUUUCAAGUUUUUAACCAGAGGGUCAACCUCCUAGAGAUUUCUUUUCUUUCUUUUAUUUAAUGUUUUGGGGCACUUGGCAGAGGCUUAUUCUCCAAUCAGAAAGCGAGGAGGAAGAUUCAGGUGUUCACUUACACGAGGGAACACCAGAGCCUUCCCUCCUCCUUUUUUCUUUUUUUCAUUUGAUGUUCUUUCCCGACCAUCGUUUUUCAUUCUCCCCAGGGUUCUAGUUCCUGUUGCUCAUCAACAUACCAUGCCAGAGAUGCCGACCAUGAUUCAGGGAAUAUUUCAGGGAAGCAAUUCAGAUUGCUCAAGCCACAUGCCAAAGGGGAUUGCAGCUCCCAGCCCUCUCAGAAACCACUAGCCAGUCAGUCCUGUGAAAAUUCCUUCUUGCCAUCAAAUUUGGAAACUUUAAGUAAACAUCCACUCAUGAGUUUAUAGGCCAAACCUCUUAUUGGCCUCUAACAUCUUUAAAACUAGAUAUUUAUGUACUGUAUUUUUCGCUCUACAGGACACACUUUUCCCCCUCCAAAACUGAAGGGGAAAUGUGUGUGCGUCCUAUGGAGCGAAUGCAGGCUUUCGCUGAAGCCUGGAGAGCGAGGGGGUCAGUGUGCACCAACCCCUCUCAUUCUCCAGGCUUCAGGAAGCUAUCUGCAAGCCUUCGGAGUACGGCGGGAGUUCCUGCUGGGCUCUGAAGGCUUGCAGAUAGCAGCCUGCAGCCCGAAGCCCGGGGAGCGCAGUGGCAACUCCCGCUGCACACCCCGGGCUUCGGGCAGCUAUCCACAAGCCUUCUAAGCGCGGCGGGAGUUCCCGCGGGGCUCUGAAGGCUUGCAGAUAGCAGCCUGCAGCCCGAAGCCCGGGGAGCGCAGUGCCAACUUCCGCUGCGCUCUCUGGGCUUCAGGCAGCUAUCAGCAAACCUUCGGAGCGCUCCCCCAGCCCGCAAGCUCCGGGAGCGGCGGCAAGGCUGCGCGCAACCUUACCGCCACUCCCGGACUUGUUCUGGGGUCGGGGGAAGCUCGGGCUUCCCCCGCCCCAGCCCCGCGGCUAAAAACAAAGCCAAGACAACGAGCAGGAUCUAUCCCGCUCGCUGUCUUGGUUUCUGCCAAAGCCGCACACAGCCUCUCCCGGCCGGAGAGGUUGUGUGUGGCUAAAGAGGAAGCCAAGACAGCCAGUGGGAUGGAUCCUGCUGGCUGUCUUGGCUUCUUUGCUCUUUGGGGAUGGGGGAGGAAAUAAUUUUUUUUCUCUUUAUUUCCCCCCUAAAACCUAGGUGCGCCCUAUAGUCCGGUGCGCCCUAUAGAGCGAAAAAUACGGUAUGUACCCUUCAAGAGAAAAGGCUAAGGAGUAAACCCUACACAAAUCCGAAGUGGAGUCCCUAAGAUGGUUGGAGAGUAUCUUGUAUGCCUUCUUCCAGCAACUCAAGCAACACGGGAGGCAACAGUUAUGAGUUACUGGUCUCUACAGCCACAGCAAGAGCUGUGGUUCUCCAGCUGUUUGACUUUGCCCCUAGAGACACACUCCUGAGACAAACAGAUGUCUGAAGGAGCGUCUCCAUCCCCAUCGUCCAGCCUGGACACUGAGGUCCAGUUCUGACGGCCUUCUGGUGGUUCCCUCACCAUGAGAAGCCAAGUUACAGGGAACCAGGCAGAGGGCCUUCUUGGUAGUGGCGCCUGCCCUGUGGAACGCCCUCUUAUCAGAUGUCAAGGAAAUAAACAACUCUCUGACUUUUAGAAGACAUCUGAAGGCAGCCCUGUUUAGGGAAGAUUUUAACUUUUGAUGUUUUAUUGUGUUUUUAAUAUUCUGUUGGGAGCCGCCCAGAGUGGCUGAGGAAACCCAGCCAGAUGGGUGGGGUAUAAAUAAUAAAUUAUUAUUAUUAUAACAACCCUUCAGAGUUCUGUGGGGGUGGGUGGGAAUACACAUAUUUUACAUGUAGGAAAUACGAGGUUCAUGGUAUUAUAAUUAGUAAGCCAUAAGUGUUAUUUUCCCCCUGGUUUAUUGCUUCAUCAACAUUUUUUUUAAAAAAAAUAAUUUAGUUCAAAAUAGUUUUCUACAGCUCAGAAUGAACAGUGUAAAAUUAUGAUGCCAGAAAAAUCUAUUUUUUAAUUGUUGCUAUACGUUUUGCUUCUGAACCGCUUCCCCACACACACCUUAAAAUUUCAAAACUGUUUGCACCAGACCAGCUUUCUUGGAUCCAGUUUUCAUGCAAGCUACUCCCUCCUCUCACCAUCUUAUAUAGGCUAACAACAAACUUGCUCUCAGAAUUGCAGAGCCUUAUGUAUCCAAAAUGGUACUAUCCAUGCACCGCCCCACAGGAAGGCAUUAACAGGGCUCGCAGGAAACCCUCGUGGGAUUGGCAGAAGUACGGGAAACUCCAAAUCAGGCUGUUGACAACUGUGCAUCCUCAGUGACCACAGAGCAAUGACUGAUGGUUGAAGUGGGAGGGGGGAAAAAACCCAGGCGGGUGGAGUAUGGAGUGGGAUAGUUUAUCCUGGAAAAAGACACAGCAAGCUGAAUCGGAGCACUCUUCGCUGCAGGAUUUUGUGGAAGAUCCCGCAUCUUCAAAUUCCUGUGUCUCAGAUUGUGCGUGAGUCGUAAAUUGGGAUACUUUGGGGUUCCAAGAAGCCAUGUUAGGGACCACUUAGGUCUGUCUCCCCUGGAGAGUGAUGAAAUCGGAGUUAUUUCAGAGUUAUUUCUACUUCUCAUGUUUUAGGGUUGAACUCUCAGAUUGAAACAGAUUGUAAGGCUGAGCCUAGGCUCAAAUUAUGCUCUAGCUGCCAUCCUUUGUGAGAAAGGGAGAGGGCGGGCUGUGACAAGCCUUGCCAGAUGUGCCUGACAGAGCCAUCUGUCUAGCACCCUCCAUGUUUUCCUCGGUUUUGGCCAUUUGUCUUGGCUCUGGAGGCCUUGGCUGCUCCAGGAUGCAGUUGUGGGAACACUUGUUAGAGCUGGUUGACAGAUUUAUUGAAGAUGAACACGUUGAAAUUCUGCCUUCUAGGAAUCUAAAAAAACAAGGAAACUCGAUUUCCAUGAAGUCUACCAUCCAACUUGUCAUGGAAUUGUAGAGUUGGAAGGGACCACGAGGGUCAUCUAGUCCAACCCCCUGCAGUGCAGGAAACUUUCGCCCAACAUGGGUCUUGGAACCCACAACCCUGAGAGUAAGUCUUGUGCUCUAGUAAAGGUAAAAGGACCCCUGACCAUUAGGUCCAGUCGUGGCCGACUCUGGGGUUGCGGCGCUCAUCUCGCUUUAUUGGCCGAGGGAGCUGGCGUACAGCAUCCGGGUCAUGUGGCCAGCAUGACUAAGCCGCUUCUGGCGAACCAGAGCAGCGCACGGAAACGCCGUUUACCUUCCCGCUGGAGCGGUACCUAUUAAUCUACUUGCACUUUGAUGUGCUUUCGAACUGCUAGGUUGGCAGGAGCUGGGACUGAGCAACGGGUGCUCACCCCGUUGUGGGGAUUCGAACUGCCAACCUUCUGAUCGCAAAGUCCUAGGCUCUGUGGUUUAACCCACAGCGCCACCCGCAUCCCCUUGUGCUUUACUGAGCUGGUAAAUGUAUCUCUCCCUCCCUGAUCACUGCUACUUGACCCACAAUAAAAGCCAUGAAAACUGUGAAUAAUAUAAUAAUAUUUACUUUAGUUCAGAUCCUAUUCCUGCAACUGUGUUGUUGUUUUUUAAAUACAAAAAUCAAGCUUUCUAAAAUUGCCGUGCUAUAAGGCUGAAUGAACCACGUAGACUUAAAAAGUUUUUACUCUGCUUUGUUAUGUGAACAUUUACUCUUCGCUUGCAAAGAGAUUCAGUUCAAUCUAACAGCUUCAGUGGUUGUUAGCAAUAAUUUCCAGAGGAUAAGAGGACUUUCUCCUGCCCAAAGGGCUUAACAAUCUUGUAAUUCAACACAGAGGAAACCACAGAGGAAUGGCUGGGAAAUCCAGACAGAAUGAAUGGGAAGAGCAUGUGUUUAUAUAUCAAUUACAUGUGGUUAUGAUUAGUUACAGCACAGUAUUGCAUCUAGAAAAGGUGGGUUUUGAGAAAGGAUUUGAAGGAAGAAAAGCUGGCAUUGCAGAGAUGCCCUGGGAGGCUCUUCCAGACAUAAGGGGCAGCAAGGAAGAAAGGGAGAGAAUCAGGAGCUGGAUGAGCAAAGAUCACAGAUAGGGUGGGAUGCAUUGAAAUGUAAGAGCAAAGAGAUAAGAGGUGGGGGCAAAGCCACGGGGGGUGGGGGCUUUGAAUAAAGAGCCUGCACUGGGGCCAGAAACAGCAAGGCAGCCAAGUGUAGGGGUAUAAGGUGGGAUGUGGGACGCAGGUGGUGCUGUGGUCCAAACCACUGAGCCUCUUGGGCUUGCCGAUCAGAAGGUCGGCGGUUCAAAUCCCUGUGACGGAUGCCUGUGCAAAAAUCUUUUUGUCCAUCUGCAAGAAACUUGCAACUGUGGCGCAGGCCCUCCUUCCCCAAUCUAUUCCACCCACGUUAUAACGACAAAUGAAAGCUGUUGGGAUGCUGCACUUGCAAACAGCCACUGGGAAGAGGCAGAUUGCUUGGAUAACAUGGUGCCCAGGGAUGGGGCAGUGGUGGUGCUGUGGUCUAAACCACUGAGCCUCUUGGGCUUGCUGAUCGGAAGGUCAGCAGUUUGAAUCCCCGUGAUGGGGUGAGCUCUUGUUGCUCUUUCCCAGCUCCUGCCAGCCUAGCAGUUCAAAAGCAUGCCAGUGCAAGUAGAUAAAUAGGUACCGCUGUGGUGGGAAGGUAAAUGGUGUUUCCGUGCGCUCUGGUUUCCGUCACAGCGUCCCGUUGCAGUUUAGUCUUGCUUGGCCGCAUGACCCGGAAAGCUGUCUGUGGACAAACGCUGGCUCCCUCGGCCUGAAAGCGAGAUGAUCACCGCAACCCCAUAGUCGCAUUUGACUGGACUUAACCGUCCAGGGGUCCUUUACCAUGUGGUCAGAGCAGCAAGAGGGGUGAAUUGUUUUGGCCCCAGAACACUCGGUAAAGGUGAAGGGGACCAAGGUAAGAUAAUGCAAGGAAAUUGGAGUAGCCAGGUGAGAGAUGACUAGGGGGUGAACCGGGAUGGAGAGAGACAGAUACAUUUUCCCCAAUGUUGUAAAGGAGGAAGAGGCAGAGCAUGGCAAUAGACUGAAUAAGGAGAGAGAGAGAGAGAGAGAAAGAGGAGGAUUUGUAUCUAUCCAAUGAGGUGAGCGGUGAUGCUUUCAGUGGCUAAGGAGAGUGUACAAGGAACACUUUAGAGGAAAGAUGAGAAGUCUUGUCUUGAGCAUAUGAAAUUACGACCAAGUAUUCGAGUGGAAGGGAUGCGGUGGCGCUGUGGGUUAACUUGCCGAUCAGAAGGUCGGCGGUUCGAAUCCCCGCGAGGGGGUGAGCUCCUGUUGCUCGGUCCCAGCUCCUGCCAACCUUGCAGUUUGAAAGCACAUCAAAGUGCAAGUAGAUAAAUAGGUACCGCUCCGGCGGGAAGGUAAAUGGCGUUUCCGUGCGCUGCUCUGGUUUGCCAGAAGUGGCUUAGUCAUGCUGGCCACAUGACCCGUAAGCUGUACGCCGGGUCCCUCGGCCAAUAAAGCGAGAUGAGUGCCGCAACCCCAGAGUCGGUCACGACUGGACCUAAUGGCCAGGGGUCCCCUUUACCCUUUACCUAUUCAAGUGGAAAGAUUGGCUAGGAUAGCGUAAGCAGCUGGAGUUGGAGGUGAGGGAGACCGUUCUGGUCUAGAAAGAAAGUGCUGGGUUUCCUCAGUGUACAAGUCAGAGGCAGGGAACCUGUGGUCCCCCAGCUCUUGUUGCACUCUCACUCCCAUCAGCCCCAACCAGCAUGGCCUGUGGACAGACAUGAUGGGAGUUGUAGUCCAGCUACGGUUUCCCCACCCCCAGUCUUGAUGGUACCAAAAGCCGUGGGAUUUAAUGAGGUCAUCCAGAGACAGUGUGUGGGGGAAAAAAGAAUAGCAGAGGUCCAAGAAUAAGAGCCCCGAAAGACCCCAGUGGAGAAGGGGAAAGUGGAGGAAAAGCUUCCCCUUGUGGAAACAUAAAAGGAGCAUCUAGGUAGGAAGAGAACCAUGGUUAAGAGAUGAGGGGUACCUUAUACAUGCCUUCCCCCUCCUCCUGUUCCUUCUCUUCCUCUCCACCUUCCGUUUCUCAGUUCUCUUUUGUGGGGCAGCGUUAUAUCUGCACUGAGGUUAUUCACAGCAUGUUUAGAUUUAAUCAGGGUUUGCAAAUCCAUCUUUAAAUUAUGGUCUGGAGAUGAGCAGAUUUUGCAGCUGCGCUGACUCAUGAUGGAAUUGCUAUCUUGGGAUAGGAUAAUCAGAAAUCAUUGUGUAUACUAUCAGUAUUCCCACUCCACCAUUAGUAUUUCCAUUAAACUCCCCACCCCACUUUAUGAUGGACCAGUACUAAUAAUAUAUUAGCGGGGGCGGGGAGGAAGAGCAAGCAAACUCCUCUAAUGAGUGGUUCGUAAGAGAGAACAAGCAAAAUGGCUCAGUUCAGACAUCACACCAAGCCUUGAUUAAUGAUGCUAAAUAAUGGUUUGAUGUGAUGUCUGAAUAGUUUGUGUUUGGCUAGCAAAUCACAAAUGGAGACCACUUUCUAGAAUGGGUUUGGAAACAAUGGUUUGUGUUAACUGUAAAUCACCAUGAAAGGCAGGAUGCUGAUUUAACUAAGGGCUCAUCAAAACUUUCCCUUGCCCCACUGCUUUCCCCCAGGGAAACCCAAUCUUAACUUUUGAAUUGGAGCAGAUAUCAAUUGGGUUUUCUCUGGAUUGGCGUUUUCUCUAAUUUGCCACUAAAUACAGUAGAACCUCUACUUACAGACGUAAUCAGGUCCGGAGGUCUGUCCGUAAGUCGAUCCAGGUCGCUGGUAGAAGCGCCAUUGUGUGCAGGCACAUUUGGCGGCAGCGCGCUUCUGCGCACGUGCAGAUGGUGGCAGCCACUUCUGCGCAUGUGCAAAUUGUGGCAAACCCAGUAUUUGCUUCCGGGUUUGCCACGGUCGCAACUUGGAGGCGGUCGUAAGUAGAGGUUCUACUGUAGUGGGUUUUCCUGGGGAAAGCAAGGGCAAAACCAUUCAGACUCUUGUCUGCAAGCACGGAACAAGCAGAAAAUAACCCAUGCUUUCAAGCGGAAGUGUAGACGAGCCCUCGGGUUUGGUGUGAUGUUUAAAUUAAUAAACAAUACCUAUGACUAGUACUUUGGAAGCUAUUCUGCCUUGAGAGUGGAGUAUUGACAGACAACCAAAGAAGAAAAACAGUUCUAAACUGUGGUUUGCCAGUUGUACACCUGGAAGCUCAAGUGUUUGAGUUCGAAACUAGGAUUAGUGCAAGCCAUAGACUGGUGUGAUGUUUGGGCUGAGUCUUUGCAAACGAUCACAUCAGAGAGGAGCACACCCAAUUUUUUCUUUCCGUUUGUUUUUCUGCACCUCCUGCCACCCUGCAACAGAACUCUUUCUAGGGGCUUUUACCCCCAAGACAGACUACCGUAUUUUUCACUCUAUAGGACACACUUUUUCCCCUCCAAAAAUUAAGGGGAAAUGUGUGUACGUCUUAUGGAGCGAAUGCAGGCUCCUUGGCUUCAGUGAUAGCAACGAGAAGCCUCUGAAGCGCAGGGGGAGCGCUCCCUCCGCGCUCCGGAGGCUUCGCGUUGCUUUCGCUGAAGCCUGGAAAAUGAGAGGGGUCAGUGCGCACUGACCCCUCUCGCUCUCCAGGCUUCAGGGAUAGACUCUCCUGACUUCAGCAAAAGGAACCUGAAGCCUCCGGAGCGCAGCGGGAGGUCCCGCGGUGCUCUGGAGGCUUCGGGUUGCUUUCGAUGAAGCCAGGAAAGCAAGACUCCCGGCUUCAGCAGAGAGAGAGAGCUGCGCAGCGCCCCUUCAGCGAAGCGGGAGGAGAAAUGGAAGGGGCUCCAUUUCUCCUGCCGCUUCACUGAAGGGGCACUGAGCAGAGAGGGGGAGAAUUUAUUUUUCUUGUUCUCCGCCUCUAAAACAAGGUGCGUCCUAUGGUCAGGUUCGUCCUAUAGAGCGAAAAAUACGGUACUUCAUGAAGUUAUCAGGAAACUUGCUGCUAGGCACAGAAAGACUUUGAGUAAGUCUGAUUCUUUUUCUCUCUCUUCCUUCCCACAAUUUCCCUUUGCAGUCUAUGCCUCCGUCAGCCUCUAUCUGCUCCCCGAGCGCCCUGCAACACUCAUCCUCUAUGAUGACCUGGUACAGAUCCUCCUCGGUUCUCCAGGUAAGUCCUCCGUUCCAUUUGCCAGAAAGUGAAGGGCAUGUGGCCGGCACCCGGGGAGCCAGCUUGGCUGUCUGGGGAUUGGGGAUCCCACACAAUUGCUAGUGCUAUCUUCUGGGCCGCAGGGGAUGCUGGCCCUGUUUAAGAUUGCAGAGCACAUUGCUGCCCUCUGUUCACACUACUAGGAAGUAAGUGGUGGUCAGGGGAGACGAAGGGGAACAUUGGCUUGCUCUGUGCAAGCUCUGCACCUCCUCCAAGGCCUCUGGCAGUCUGUGCCUGCAGGGCGAGGCAGUCAUCAGCACCAUGCCAGUUCGCAGAGGGCAUUUGGGAGAGACGUCUGCAGCUCAAGGGACUUUUUGAGCUGGGCUGGAUGAUGGGAGGAGGGAAGUAGAAAGGUCAGUGUUCUGGGCCUUUGCUAGAACUGUAUAAGCCAGGGAUGUCCAACAGGUCAGUCAUGAUCUACUGGUCGAUCCCUGGGAGGUUUUGGUAGAUCGCGGUAGAUCGCUGGCUCCUCCAUCCAGCCCCAUCCUCUAGAUCGCUAGUGCGGAAGUUGGAGUUUUUGCAGCAAGGCUGACUGUCUCAUUUGCCAUCUCUUGGUGGGGACUUUUUAUAACUUACUUGACCUAAUCCCCAAGCUUAAGAACUGAAAACCCCCCCCCAAAAAAAUGGGACGUACUUGUACUUCCCUAAUAAAAGCUCAACAGCUUUGACCUGAACCCUUUAAAAAAAUGGGACGUUCCUCCCCGAAAAAAGCUCAACAACAAAGACCUGAAACCCCGCCCCCCAAAAUGUGAGGUUCUUCCCUUUAAAAAAGCCCAACAACUUUGACCUGAACCCCCCCAAAAAGGGGUAGAUCACUGCCAGAUUUUAAUUGUGUGAGUAGAGCGCAGUCUCUUGGAAGUUGGACGUCCCUGGUAUAAGCGAGGGAGCUGAGGAGGUGACCCUGGGUCGGGUGUGAGCUGGUCAGGAGUCUGUGGGAUUGAGAUGGGUUGCUGUGCUGUGAAGUGGUGGGUGAGAGAAUUAGGGUGGGGGGUGCUCUAGGUCCCCGGAGGGAGAUGGCCAGUGGCCUCUGCUCUGAUCUAAUGGGCUCGAUAAGAGAGAUGCCUCCAUAAACUUGCCAAAUGAGGCAAGUCACUCUCAUAUUGCUCACCUUCCAUAAUUUCUUGCCUUCCUGUUAUCCAUGAGGAGGAGCCGAGCAUGGUUUGCUCAGCAUACUGAAUCCUCUUACCAAGGGCUAAAUACGUUUUAAAAAGGUGAAUUAGUCAAUAUAAACUCACAAAAACUGGCAUAUAUACAGAGCAACGCAACAGGAUUCAAAUUCCACGUGUUGUCAUGAAUUUGAGCAGCCCUAUGCUAUACAGUGGGACGCGGGUGGCGCUGUGGGUUAAACCACAGAGCCUAGGACUUGCCAAUCAGAAGGUUGGCAGUUCGAAUCCCCGCAACGGGGUGAGCUCCCGUUGCUCGGUCCCUGCUCCUGCCAACCUAGCAGUUUGAAAGCACAUCAAAGCGCAAGUAGAUAAACAGAUACCGCUCUGGUGGGAAGGUACACGGCGUUUCCGUGCACUGCUCUGGUUCACCAGAAGCAGCUUAGUCAUGCUGGCCACAUGACCCGGAAGCUGUACGCCGGCUCCCUCGGCGAAUAAAGCGAGAUGAGCGCUGCAACCCCAGAGUCGGCCAUGACUGGACCUAAUGGUCAGGGGUCCCUUUACCUUUAUGCUGUACAGUGGUACCUUGGGUUACAUACACUUCAGGUUACAGACGCUUCAGGUUACAGACUCUGCUAACCCAGAAAUAUUACCUUGGGACUUGGAACUUUGCUUCAGGAUGAGAACAGAAAUCAUGCUCUGGUGGCGUGGCAGCAGCGGGAGGCCCCAUUAGCUAAAGUGGUGCUUCAGGUUAAGAACGGACCUCCGGAACGAAUAAGUACAUAACCAGAGGUACCACUGCACAGGACUCAACAGCUGACAGGCUCUUGCACUCAGCAGUAGCCACCUCGGAAAUUUGACUUCCGAGGCACGUUCGAAAACCGAAGCAUUUACUUCUGAGUUUACGGCGUUCAAAAACCGAAACAUUUGUCAACAGAGACAUUCGAAAACCAAGGUACCACUGUAUAUUGCUGGCAGCGGCUCUUGUUUCCUGAAUAGUGAGCAGAAAGCACUCUGCGCGUGCUCAGGGAUGCUUCCUUGCAUUUGCCAGGCCGCAUGUCCACAAUAAUCUCAGGUUACAAACUGUGGGCGGGAUCGGGCCAAGCUGCAUCCCAUGGUUUUCUGUGUGAGUGCUGCCUCGGUAGGCCGGCAGCUGAAAUGGUUGAUUCUUACAGGGGCCAAGAGCCAGCCGUGGGCUCAGUUCCAGCGCAAAUCUGCCCGCCUGCCCCGCAGCUCCACCUACAGCCAGCUCUCGGCCUCCCUGACCGCCGCCAGCAGUGGGCCGGAUAUGAGGGGCUUCCCAUCUUUCAUCGGGGCUGAAAGCAACGGCAGCGGUAAGGGGACUGGGCCCAGAUCCUGGGUGAAAAAUGGUGAGGAUGCGAUACGGAAUGUUGAAGGCUGUGGAACCAGCCCUUUGAUUGCUCAGAGGGAUAGUUUUCUGCCCUAAAGCAGUGGAUUUUGGGGGCAGCAAACAGAUUGCAGCUGCCAGAUUUCUGGCUGGGGUUCUGUUUAGAUCUCAUAGUGUCCCUUUUUUUAAAAAAGCAGCAGCUGCAUCAGUGGCCAGUUCAUUUCCAGACCCAGUUCAAGGUGCUCACAUGAGUAUGUAAAGCCCUAAAAAUUAUCUAGGCCCUCAAUACCUCAAAGACCACCUCCUUCACUGCAGACCCUUUUGGGUGCUGAGAUGGGACAGAAGGGGCCCUCGUGGUAAUUCCUCUGACCUCAGAGGCCUGGGAGAGGGCCUUAUCUGUGGCGGCCCCUAAGCUGUGGAACUCAGAAGUUCAUCCUAACUUUUAUUAUACAGCUUCCGGCAAGGCACACACCUCUUUACCCUGGAUUUUGUUACACGAGGUGUGUGUUUUUCUGACCCACCUUACAUUUCUGAUCGUUAAGUUGUUUCAAACUGUUUUUAAUACUGUUGUGUUUUGCAACCUGCCCUGAGGGUGAAGGGCAGGUAAUUAACAGCAAGAAGUUUGUUAGUACAGUCAUACCUUGGAAGUCGGAACGGAAUCCAUUCCAGAAGUCAGUUCGACUUCCAAAACGUUCAGAAACCAAAGCGCGGCUUCCGAUUGGCUGCAGGAAGCUCCUGCAGCCAAUCGGAAGCCCCAUUGGACGUCCGGCUUAAAAGAAUAGUUCGCAAACCGGAACAGUCGCUUCUGGGUUUGUGGUGUUCAGGAGCCAAAAUGUUUGAGAACUAAGCUGUUCAAAAACCAAGGUACGACUGUAUAGCUUUAUCAACUGGACAGCUCAGUUGGUUAGAGCGUACUGCUGUUGACACCAAAGUCACAGGUUCGAUCCCUGCAUGGGACUGCUGAAUAUUCUUGCAUUGCAUAGGGUUGGACUAGAUGAUCCGCGGGGUCUCUUCCAACUCUGCGAUUCUACGAUCAUUGGGUGGGGUGCAUGGGGGGGGGGACUUUAGUUUUUUCUGCCUUGGGAACCAAAGUAUCUUGGGAUGUCUCUGGAGGCGGAAGCAACUCUUUUCCUAACCUUUUUGUCCCCUCGCAGCCAACAGCACAUGGCUGGAGCUGGUGCCCAUCGUCGCUGUCAGCGUCCACCUCUUCACUGGCAACGGGACAGAAAUCCAGCUCUCUGGCUCCGUCCACCUCUCUAUCCCGCUGCCGCCUGACACUGCCGCUGCAGCAGCCACCAGCGUGCCGGCCUGGCGCUUUGACCUCAAGAGCGGUGAGAGCGGGCAAGAUGCUCCUGCUCUGCAGACACAUCCGAACUGCUCAGUUCUUGCCACAUUCCACAGGCACACAAGUCAGAGAGCAAUGUUGCUUCUGUCGGAGAAAGCACCCUGCAGAUGUAUACAAGGGUCUUUGGCAAGGGGUGCGCCAGCCUCUUUCCAGACCCCAAACAACUCCCCUGUCACCCAUGGCUGUGCGGUGCCAUAAAACCACCUAAGUGCUUAUAAAAGUCCAUUAGCAGGACUCCAGGGGUAGGGAAGGAAUCAUCUGUAAAUGGAAGCCUCGUUGGGGGGGGGCUGUGCUCUUAUAAGGGGGUUAUUGCUGGUGCUGAAAGCAUUUUGAGUAGACGGCUUGAUUUCUGCUCCCACUUUUUGAUUCCAGUUUGGGACCACCCGUCAUUUGUGGCUGAAAGGAAGGGGAUUAUAUGGACAUUGUUUGUUUCUACGGUGCCCUGUUUGCUCCAGUUUGCCUGGGGCUUCUUGGCUCAUCUAGGGAAUGAGCUCUGUUGAAACCUCUGUAGCAGCGCAUAGUGGGUUCUGGAGGAGCCACUGGCCUGUCUGAAAUUGGGGGGAAAGUUCCUGAGGUGCCCAACUGGGGCUGGGGGAGCCAUAGAAUCAAGAACUAUGCGUGGGACCACGUUGGUUCUCUAGGUUGGCUCUUCCUCCUUCACAUUUCUUCUGCACAACAGAAUAUGUGGCCUGCUGUGCUAUCUACAUUAUCUCUCUCUCUCUCUCUCUCUCUCUCUCUCUCUCUCACACACACACACACACACACACACACACACACACACACACCCCUGCUGGCCUAGCUGUAUAGCUCUGUCCUAGCUUAUGCCAACCUAGCAGUUUGAAAGCACACCAGUGCAAGUAGAUACAGUGGUACCUCGCAAGACGAAUGCCUCGCAAGACGGAAAACUCGCAAAACGAAAGGGUUUUUGGUUUUUUUAGUUGCUUCGCAAGACGAUUUUCCCUAUGGGCUUGCUUCGCAAGACGGAAACGUCUUGCAAGUUUGUUUCCUUUUUUCUUAAAACCGUUAAUACAGUUGCGACUUGACUUCGAGGAGCAACUCAUAGCACGCGGUGUGGUAGCCUUUUUUGAGGUUUUUGAAGACUUUGGUGAUUUUUGAAGCUUUUCCAAAACUUUUCCGACACCGUGCUUCGCAAGAAGAAAAAAACCGCAAGACGAAAAAAACUCGCGGAACGAAUUAAUUUCGUCCUGCGAGGCACCACUGUAAUUAGGUACCGCUGUGGCAGGAAUGUAAAUGGCAUUUCCAUGCGCUCUGGUUUUCAUCACAGUGUUCCAUUGUGCCAGAAGCGGUUUAGUCCUGCUGGCUACAUGCCCCAGAAAGCUGUCUGUGGACAAACUCCGGCUCCCUCAGACUGAAAGCGAGAUGAGCGCCGCAACCCCAAAGUUGCCUUUGACUGGACUUAACUGUCCAGGGGUCCUUUACCUUUUAUAGGUUUUGCAGGUUAGGGAUGGGGCUGGUGAGUGGCCAGUCCUUCAUCUGGGAAGGGGCUUGGUCCAGAUGGCCUUUCAGGUUACUUCUGAUUCAGCAGUUCUUCUUUCUCUCAGGUCUGUGGAUUCGGAAUGGGACGGGCCUCAUCCGCAAGGAAGGGAACCAGCUUUACUGGACGUUUGUCUCCCCACAGCUGGGCUAUUGGGCAGCUGCCAUGCUGUCUCCAACAACGGGUAAAAUAUCACCACCAAAUUCUUAAUUACUUUGCUGAAGAACCAGCCAGAAAGGUGCUAGCAGAUCUCUUGUGUUAGCGGGAGUGCACAUUCUCUGCACACCUGUGGGAAUUUGCUUGGAAUGUGGUAUCUUGUGAAUUAAGAAUUCCAGAAAAAUGAGUGCCUCUCAGUUUGUGUGGAGUGGUUGCCAAACAAGCUCUGAAUAAAUGCAACCAGAGCUGGGGUGGGUGACAUGCUCAGAAAAGCAUGAUAAAAACUGAAAAAAUGCAAUAGAAAUAAGUCUGGGAUUAAGGGAAAGGGCAUCUAGGGAGAACCAAAAUGAAUAUGGGGAAUAAAUCCCUCCCUGCAUAAAUCUGCUCAUAUUUAUAUUUGUAGAUAUCCAGUGCUAUUUUUCUAGAAAAGAGGUGCUGGAACUCACCAUGAACACCUCCCUUGUUCUCUUGCAAUUUCAAUGGCACCCAUCUGGGAGGUCCCAGCGAGUUCCCGCGGGGGAAAAAGCCCCGUAUAUAAAUUUGCUUGAAAUUAUAUUCCGCUAAUCUGAGCAUUUUUAAUCAGUCCCAUCUUUUGAUGUUUUAAUAAAAAGAAAGCCACGCGCAAAAUGUUUAGUAAUUAGAAAAAUUGCCUUAAAAUUAUAGGCAUGACUUUAAAUCAAGCUUUUAAAGAGCCCCCGUGCCUGGUUUGGAAAUUUAUAAAGUUGGGAUUAAAAAAACACACACAAAUUAGCUACAUCUUUAUGCCCUGCUGGAUCAGAUCCAGGGUAACCCCAUUUAGUACGUCAUCCCAUUUCCAACAUAGAUGCUUUAGGGAAACCUUCAAGUCAGCCCAUAAAGAGGUCUCUUCGUUGCAGGGCUGGCCAGUGCAGUUGGAGGCAUAAAGGACAUUGCCACCUACCACACAAUUUUCUUGCUCACCAUCCUGGGUGCCCUGGCAUUGCUGGUCCUCAUCCUGCUCUGCCUGCUUAUCUACUACUGCAGGUGAGUGCUGCUUGCCCAACUUCCCACUUCCAGCCUUGUCUUCUCAAACCACAUUAAUUUUUCUAAAGCUCACCCUCCCUAUCGCUGCAAGGUCUUAUUUACUGUAUUUUUGCUUUCAUUUCAUCUGGGUAUUGUGGGGGUCGGGAACUGGCAGCCCGCAGGCUGGAUCUGAGCCAAUGGGCCAUUUGAACCGGGCGCCAGUUGAGGGACCUUUCUUUCUCGAAUGGAACUGCAAAAGGACUUCAGCUACUGGGGCUCUGAGUGGUAGCUGAAGCGGGGAGGCAGAUGGAAUGUUUCAGGCAUCAGAGGAGAUCAAGGACAAACCCUUUUUCUCCCCAGCGACCCCUUUAGAUACAGCUCACAGCUGCGGUUUCUGAAGGUUUCUCUUUCCCUUUCCCUUUUUCACCAGGAAGGGUGAGGGAAUUCAGCUAAGUUGGGAGUCAGUGCCUCAAGUUGCCAAGGGUGUCACGAAGCAGGUUUUGUUGUAGGUGAUAAACAUAUACAUAUACAUAUACACACACACACAGACACAAAAACAUACACAAAAACAUACACAUACACACAGUGGUACCUCUGGAUGCGAAUGGGAUCUGUUCCAGAGCCCCGUUCACAUCAUGAGCAGAAUGCAACCCGCAUCUGUGCAUGCGCGGGUCGCGAUUCGCCGCGUCUGUGCAUGCGCGUGACGCCAUUCUGAGCGUCUGUGCAUGCACGAGCGGCGAAACCCAUUCCGUUACUUCCGGGUCGCCGCGGGACGCAACCUGAAAAGAUUUAACCCAAAGUGACUUUAACCCAAGGUAUGACUGUACACACACACACGUCCUUGGAAUGCUUCAGAGAUCUUGGAUCCGGGAGACCUGAGUUCAAGUCUACCGCUAACAUAAUCUGGCUCUGUUCCCCAUCAGUAAAAUUGGAAUUAUAGAACCUUGCGCCCCAACAUUAUUAUUCGUGGGAAGGAACCACACUGCAAAUUGGAGCCCUCUUGCAAAUGAUCUGUUCUAGUAGGGCCCAGGCACGAGGAAAGGCAGCUGAGCUGAGGAUUGCAGGAAUAGUCCUGAGGAAUUUGACAGCUGUUGCAAGCACUUUGUUGCAAAAUGUCAGGCAGCCUCUGGCCGAUUAGUCAUGGGUCCAUUCCUUUCCCCUCCCACUCUCCCAAGGCUCUGCUCCUUUGCUCUUUGUCACCCAACCCUAUGCCCUAGUGAACACUUCUGUGUAGUAAAAGAGGACAGCAGAACCCCAGAGAACAGGCAUCCAGACACACAUUGAACUGGGAAUGGGGAGGAGGGAAAUUUCAGCCAGAGGUACCAGCAAGCACCUUUCACUUUAGAAAUUAAGUGCUUUGCAUGACUACUGGUGGGUCUCAAACCCAGCUUGCUUGUGUCCCGGGGAAGAGGGUUCAUUUCCUUCGGCCCUGAAUGCCUUGACUUCUAAACUUCUUUAAGAGUCCAUUCACUCUUUUAUAGAAUUAUAUAGGCAGAAAGAGCUGAGAGAUCAUCUGGGAAAUUCUCCUCUCACACCCCCACAGCACACAACCCUACAUCCAAAAGGCAGGAGCAUCCAAUUAUUAGUAUCUAAAUUUGUAUACUGCCCUUCAUCUGAAGAUCACAAUGUGGUUCAUUGCGAGGUUACAGGGAACCAGGCAGAGGGCCUUCUCGGAAGCUGCGCCUGCCCUGCGGAACACCCUCCCAUCAGAUGACAAACAGAUAAACAGCUAUGCGAUUUUUAAAAGACAUCUGAAGGCUCAGGGAAGUUUUUAGAGUUUGAUGUUGCCCUGUGCAAGGCACAUGUCUCUCCCCUGAGCUAGAGCACUUCUGCUAUGGCUACCUGUGAAUUUAUCUGCACCUGCAUUUUCUUCUUCUUCCAGUGCCAGUGUGGUGUAGUGGUUAAGAGCGGUAGACUUGUAAUCUGGGGAACCAGGUUCACAUCUCCGCUCCUCCACAUGCAGCUGCUAGGUGAACCUGGGGCUAGUCACACUUCUCUGAAGUCUCUCGGCCCCACUCACCUCACAGAGUGUUUGUUGUGAGGGAGGAAGGGAAAGGAGAAUGUUAGCCGCUUUGAGACUCCUUCGGGUAGUGAUAAAGCGGGAUAUCAAAUCCAAACUCUUCUUCUUCUUCUUCCCCCUUUCCAGGAGGCUGUGCCUGAAGCCACGUCAACAACACAGAAAGCUCCAACUCUCUGGGGCUCUGGAUGCCUCCAAGAAAGACCAGGCCACCUCCAUGUCCCAGAUCAACCUCAUCUGCACGAGCCACCUGGAGACGGCCUCUUCCAACGGGGACACGGAUGUGCACACACCCAUCCUCAAGUCGGCCUUCUCCUCGUCCCGGGAGUUCGAGAGCUCCCGGGAAGAGUUCUUCAAGCAAGUGUCCAACCAGAAGGCCCGCCACGCCAGCAAGGCCUCCAUGGCGGACACUCUGAGCCAGCGGGGGGCCCUUAAGGACAGCUACGCUCAAGUGGCGGAGGGCUACUCCCUCAAGGCGGCCCGCUCCAUGGAUGUGCCCGGUGCCCUGGAGCCCCCUCUCCACGAGGACUACAAGCGCGGCUAUUCCCACCAGCGCCCCGAGGACAAGAGCAAGCAGGUGCGCCACGACAGCAAGGGCUACUCGCAGGAGCCCCCGUCGCCACCGCCUCUCCCGCCUCCCUUCGACCAUUACGGGGGCCACAAAGGGGAGCCCAAGCCGCCCGAGUUCAUGAUGUCGCAGUCCGUGGACCACCUGGCUCGCCCCACCUCCCUGAGCCAGCCCGGGCAGCUCAUCUUCUGCGGCUCCAUCGACCACAUGAAGGAUUCCAUGUACCGGAACGUGAUGCCGACGCUGGUCAUCCCGGCCCACUACAUGCGCCUGGCUCCCUCAGACCAGCCUGCGGGGGGUUCCGAGAGCCAGCCGGACCUGGACCCGGGCGGCAUGGGGAUCCCUCACCAGUUUGUGGCCGGAGAGCAGCAGCAGAGGCAGCAGCAGCCCUUCCUGCAGCAACAGCUGCAGCACCCGCAAUUCCAGCUGCAGCAGCACCCGGGGGAAGAGGCUGAGGGGAAGGGCUGGGGCCCCCACACGCAGUCCGUCAGCGGCUCCGUCACCAUCCCAGUGCUGCUGAACGAGUCCACCAUGGCCCAGCUGAACGGGGAGCUACAAGCCCUGACGGAGAAGAAGCUGCUGGAGCUGGGUGUGAAGCAACACCCACGUGCCUGGUUUGUGUCCCUGGACGGGAGGUCCUCCCAAGUCCGCCACUCGUACAUCGACCUCCAGGGCAACGAGAGGAGCCGCAGCAACGACGCCAGCCUGGACUCCGGGGUGGACGUCAACGAGGCCAAGCCCCCCAAGAGGCUGAAGGAGGAGCGCCUGGCGCCGCCCGCUAUGGGCCCCGCUUACUCCAAGCUGGUCUUCGCCGACGCCGACACGGAGCCGAGCAGCAGCGAGAGCCGGACCGCCAUCUGCUCCCCCGAGGACAACUCCCUGACGCCCCUCCUGGACGAGAAUGCCGACCACCGGGCGGCCACCAUCCCCCGGCGCGGGCGCAGCCGCGGAAACAGCUCUCGCAGCAGCAACAGCAACAGCGAGCUGCGCCGCGACUCCAUGACCAGCCCGGAGGACGACAGCAACGAGCCCUCGGAAGGGACGGACGACCAGGGGGACAAGAAGAGCCCCUGGCAGAAACGCGAAGAGCGCCCGCUCAUGGUCUUCAACGUGAAGUAGCGGGCAGAAGUGUGCGUGCGAGGAGGCGGGCGGGGGGAUGGGUCGCUCUCGUUGCACAGUUGGGGGAGGGGAGCGGAGAUCGCCCGGACCACAGAGGUCAGGCUUCCUGCACGCAAUCUUGGCGCCACUUCCUGCCCUCUCCAUCUCGUCAAAUGCUUGGUGGAACAGGAACCGCUCGGACUUUUGACAGGACAGACUGAUGGAGCGAGAGGCGGCUUGCGGCCAAGCUGUACUCUGUGUUCUUUUUCCCAGCAUGCCCCGCGACCACCCGAUAAGUUUGCCUUGCCCAAGGCAGGUUAAGAAGUGCUGCAUCAACAGGCUGAGCUAGUUGGGCCUCUUACCCUUUUCCACCAACACCAGCCACUGUGAGCCAGGCAGCAACGUGGGGCACAGGAACUGCCGUGUGUGUGUGUGCCCACUUCUGGGACAAAGCAAGUUUUGCUGCUCUGAGAGACCUUCUGCCAAAUCCCAGGAGGUGGACAUGGCCUUGUUCUGUGUGGAGCCCCUUAUCCCCACCCAGCCUUGGCACAGCCAGAACUAGCGUUGGCUCCUUGCCUUGACAUUAUUGGGAGUGGAGGUGAACUGGAAGGCGUUACUGGGGCUCUUCACCCCCCCAUUUUCCUUGGGGGCAGGGUGGGCAAUUCGUACCGUUCCUUUAAAAAAAGAAAUUGUCCUGUGGAUUUUCCAAGCCGUAGCAUGGUUUGGUUGGGGGUCGGUCAAGCGCCCAAAAGCUCUAGGCUGAUGCCCAGCAUUGCCUGUCGUGCCUCAGUGCCCCCAACAACCUGGGCAACAGUACCAUGGACAAGUGCGGUGGGUUUGGGGAGUGGGGGCACCUGUGUGGCAACUGUACAUAUGUGUGUGCAUGCGUGUAUGUCAGGGGGCGGGUGGGAGCCUGAGCCACGGCGUGCGUGUGGGUAAGCAUGUCAGUGGCGGCCAACCUCGCUGCCAAACAAACUCCCUUGAGGAGUCACUUUUGUGCCCCCCAUCUCCCCACCCCACCCCUUUGUGCCUGCAACUCCUUGGUCUCCUCCAAGUGCCUUCUGGCCCCAAACGUCUCCCCACCACCGCAUCCCCUCCCCACCCAGGCAGCUGUGAAUGAAACCUUGGGUGUCCACAGAAGGGUACUGCAGACGGACCAUCUGCUCAAAUCUUCCUUUCACUCUAAUCCCUCUUCUCUCCUGCCAGGGAGCGCUUGGGGAUGGGGAGGGGCGGGAGGGAGAGCGCAGGAGGAAAAAGUCACCCUCGGCCUCUCUCGCAAGCCCAGCUGCCAACUGACUUAAGCCGUCAGCGGAGACAGCCUGGGCAGCUGCCCCAUCCAGCAACAUGGCAGCAUCAGUGACCAAUCUCCCAGAUAAAAGAGCAGGACCAAAUUGGGGGUGUUUGUGUGUACCGAUGGAGGGGUGUGUGUGUAUGUGUGUGUCUUACAUCGUCGAUGGAGGGGAGUGUUUGUAUCAUGCUUUAUAUAUUUGGAGGGGGGGGAUACGUAGCGUGUGCCUCCUCAGCAGCCCCCAGCAGCGCAUCGGUGGAGGCCUCGUGGACCACUGAGGGGAUAGGGGAUGGUUUUAUUUGGGGAAGAGAUAGAGGAACCACUAGCCUGAGGCUUUGUCAGCGAAACGGGGGGGGGGGGAGGAUAUGGGACAAAUGGGGAGGGGUGGGGUGGUUGGCUGCAAACCUAAAAGUGUCUUGGGGGGGGGGCUUCUUUUGAAACCAAUGAGUCGGGCCUGACCCCUUCUGAAACAGUAGAGGGCCGCCGGAGAAGUCAACAGGUCAGAAACCAUUUGGGAGGAGAGAGGGGAAAGGUUGUUGUUUCUGACGCACCUCAGCACCCACUGAAGAGAGUUAAUAAAGCUUCACAAUUCC